AGAAAUUCGGUCCGGAUCGGGCUUGAUCGCGAGCAAUAGUAGUGUGCUGUGCGACACCCGUAUAAAAACAAAACAAAUCUCAAAGGCUACGCUUUUAGUAGUUGUAUGCGCCGGAAGUGAUUGUAAAUACAAAUUUCGCACGUUUUAUACAUUAUUUAUUUUCACGAAGUGUGGUUCACACCUUUUAAUUCAGCUUGCAUGGUGUUCAGAAACGCAUACGCAGGUGCAUGGGAAAAGGAGCAUGGAAAUAUCGCCAAGUAUCUUAAUUUUCACCAAACAUACGCCACAGCGCGGCCGCGCCGCGAAGCAUUCUAUCCGGGAUCCGUGCGCGCCGCUCGAGUGAAUGCCGUAUUCACAGUCGCCUGUCAAGCUCUGUUUCGAUCAACGGUUAUGGAUACUUCGCUUUCGUUGUCGUCCGUCAGAGCAGCCCUGCAAAAGGAAGUCUAAAGAGCAUUGCAGUGUGCCGUACUGCACAUCUACAAGAUGGAAAAGUAGCGAGUUAUCAUUCCAUCGUUUCCCAAAAGCCAACGAGGCGAAGAGAAGGCAGCUAUGGAUCCAGAAACUACGGAUGGCCAAGCCCGUAUCGCCAACGAUGGUUGUAUGCUCGCGGCAUUUUCAGCCAGAUGACUACUUUUUCCCAGGAAUAUAUUGCGCUCGCCGUGUGCUCAAGAAAACAGCGGUGCCUAGCCGGAACUUGCCUCAGUCCAGUACUUUUGAUGCGGCGAAGGCAGCAAGAUGCCAGCAGCGGGAUGAAGAGAGGCUUCGCAGAAGGCAGCAGCGUUCAAAGAAAGCAACAAGUGGUGCUGGAUCAUCGACCUCUGGCACUCCUGUUACUCCAAAUGAGCGAUAUAUAAAGCCAGAAGUACUAGAGGAGACACCCCAAGAACAUCUCGAGUGUAAGACUGAGGAACUUGUGGCAAACGUGUACACUGGAAAUGAAGAAGAAGUGGCGCAAAUCCUGGCCAACAUGAGAUCCACCCUGCGGAGCUACUGAAAAGACUAAUAUAAAUUACCUCAGGUGACGUCGCGAGCAGCAUCAAUAAUCACCGACAACUCACCGACUGGAUUUUCAUCAUAUCUUCUUGACACACUGUGAUAUGCCAUAAGAGAACUCCUAAGCUCUUGAACAAACACUGACAAUGAAGGAGAGAAUAGCCUUAACAAUGAUGAAGCACAAGCACAAUGUAUGAACGAGCUCCAUGAAAAACUUAUCUUGUUCUCUUGCCACAUGUACCAGAAUAAUUUUGCGCAAAACAGAAGCUCUGGCUAAAGUAUUUUUGACUGCUAUAGCUUUGUCUCCAGAAUAUCAGAUUCUUCAGAACAUGACCAUUCAUGUUAAAGUGUACCAAAAGGCGUGCUUGAUGGAAUUACAUAAAAAUUCCAGUUUCAAAAUCAAAAUAGCUCCAAUCUGCAUUGCGGACUUAUUCUUUUCUUAAGAAAAUGUUUCACAUGCAAAUUUAUGAUUGGAGUAACACCCGGUCCUGGUGCUGUAAUUGCAUUUGUAAGUAAAGCAUAUGGAAGGUUACCAGACAAAGCUAUAUUUGAGAAAGGUGGUGACUUGGACCUGUUCUAACUGAUGCUGGUGAUGGCCGACGAGGAUUCUUAGUGCAAGAAGCUUGUGAGAAUUGUUUAAAAGAGCUCGUCAGACCACAAUACAAGAAUACUAGAAGGGUCAAAAAACAGUCUGGGAAAAUGGAAGCACCAAGAACACAAAGCAUUGCAUUGGCAAGAAUCUGUGUAGAGCGUGCCAUACAAUGUUAUUCAAAGUACUCUCAACAAAGAUACCCUGGAGCAUGCUCAACAUGUUGAACAAUAUGGUAGUAAUUGCUAUUUUUGCAGCUCGAGGUUUUGUAAGGGUUGUUCUACCGCUUGCUUCUGAGCUCUCUGCUUUUGAAAAACUUGCAUUUUUGCUUGCACGCAAUCUCUAUCAGUGGAAGGUCAAGAGUUCAGAGGAACACCUCAAAUAUCAUGGACUGGCCAAUUGCUUUUCUUCCCCUAUCCAUCCUCUUGUAAGGCAGCUGCUUGCAUUCAUAAGGGUGGCUGGAACCUCCUUUCAAGGAGAGACGAUGGAGAAAUAACACAACUAGUGUAAUCAGAGUUGAGUUGCAUCCUUCUUUCAUAGGAAAUGCUCAAGCCACUGCACGCUGUCACAAAGGUGGACAGGUGUAGCGCAAGUGGAUGACGAGGUAGUGAAGGCGAUUUGCUGGCACAUUUUUUUUUUUUGUAAGGCUCACUCGCCACAGCAUUCUUAGGUUAUCAUUGCAUAUGGAUGUUCACAAUUCCUUAGCAGUUGAAGUUUAGUCAGCUCUUCAAGUGGUUAUUAUCGUACCAUUGUAUCAAGUUGCCAAUCAUUCUUUGCAAUGUGAAGUUUUCUAUUUUUACUCUCUGCUUGUAUUGCCGGAACCAAGCAAUAAGUGUUUUCAUUAGAAGGCUUUGAAAUAUAUAUAUAUAUUUUUUUUCAAACGACGCAGGCAGCACUGGAAAAGACAAUAGAAAAAAGCCAUGCAGUGCAUGCACAUAUGUGAAAAUAGUGCAUUUUCUUCUGUAUGCUCUUAUGUAUGUUCAUGUGCUGUCAUGCGCUAAUAAAAGGCAAGUAUUCAUCCCAGA